UUCAAACCCGAGCUGGAGGCGCGGUGCUGCUCUGCCGUUGGGUGAGGCGCGGAGGGAAGUAAGUGGAAGGCGGCUCAAGUGGGUCCAGGCGGACCCGGCCAGGUGGGCGCAAGAGGCUGCGAGAACAGAAAGAUGGAUACGACGAUGCUGAAUUUGCGGAAUCUGUUUGAGCAGCUUGUACGCCGGGUGGAGAUUCUCAGCGAAGGAAAUGAACUCCAAUUCAUCCAGUUGGCAAAGGACUUUGAGGAUUUCCGUAAAAAGUGGCAGAGAACAGACCACGAACUGGGGAAGUACAAGGAUCUUUUGAUGAAAGCAGAGACUGAGCGUAGUGCUCUGGAUGUUAAACUGAAGCACGCACGCAAUCAGGUGGAUGUCGAGAUCAAACGGAGACAGCGAGCUGAGGCUGACUGCGAGAAGCUGGAAAGACAGAUUCAGCUGAUUCGAGAGAUGCUCAUGUGUGACACAUCUGGCAGCAUUCAACUAAGCGAGGAGCAAAAAUCAGCUCUGGCUUUUCUCAACAGAGGCCAGCCGUCCAGCGGCAAUGCUGGGAACAAAAGAUUAUCAACUAUUGAUGAAUCUGGUUCCAUUUUAUCAGAUAUCAGCUUUGAUAAGACUGACGAAUCACUGGAUUGGGAUUCUUCUUUGGUAAAGACUUUCAAACUGAAGAAGAGAGAAAAGAGGCGCUCUAGUAGCCGACAGUUCAUUGAUGGUCCCCCAGGACCUGUAAAGAAGACUCGUUCCAUUGGCUCCACAGUAGACCAGGGGAAUGAAUCCAUAGUUGCAAAAACUACAGUGACUGUUCCCAAUGAUGGCGGGCCCAUUGAAGCUGUGUCCACAAUUGAGACUGUGCCAUACUGGACGAGAAGCCGAAGGAAAACAGGUACAUUACAACCUUGGAAUAGUGACUCCACCUUGAGCAACAGGCCUCUAGAGCCAAGGACUGAGACAGAGAGUUCUGGCACUCCACAGAGCAAUGGAGGGAUGCGCCUGCAUGACUUCGUCUCUAAGACGGUUAUUAAACCUGAAUCUUGUGUUCCAUGUGGAAAACGGAUAAAAUUUGGCAAGCUAUCUCUGAAGUGUCGCGACUGUCGUGUGGUCUCUCAUCCAGAAUGUCGGGACCGCUGUCCCCUUCCCUGCAUUCCUACCCUGAUAGGAACACCUGUCAAGAUUGGAGAGGGAUUGCUAGCAGAUUAUGUGUCUCAGACUUCUCCAAUGAUCCCCUCCAUUGUUGUCCAUUGCGUAAAUGAGAUUGAGCAGAGAGGGCUGACUGAGACAGGCCUGUACCGGAUCUCUGGCUGUGACCGGACAGUGAGAGAGCUGAAAGAGAAGUUCCUCAGAGUGAAAACCGUACCCCUCCUCAGCAAAGUGGAUGACAUCCACGCUGUCUGUAGCCUCCUGAAGGACUUCCUCCGAAACCUCAAAGAACCCCUUCUGACUUUUCGGCUAAACAAGACUUUCAUGGAGGCGGCAGAAAUCACAGAUGAGGACAACAGCAUAGCUGCCAUGUACCAGGCUGUUGGUGAACUGCCCCAGCCCAACAGGGACACAUUAGCUUUCCUCAUGAUUCACUUGCAGAGAGUGGCUCAGAGUCCAAACACUAAAAUGGACGUGGCCAAUCUGGCUAAAGUCUUUGGGCCUACCAUAGUUGCCCAUGCUGUGCCCAAUCCAGAUCCAGUGGUAAUGUUGCAGGACAUCAAGCGUCAGCCCAAGGUGGUAGAGCGCCUGCUUUCCCUGCCCCUGGAAUACUGGAGUCAGUUCAUGAUGGUGGAACAAGAGAACAUUGACCCCAUACAUGUCAUUGAAAACUCAAAUGCCUUUUCAACACCACAGACACCGGAUAUUAAAGUGAGUUUACUGGGGCCGGUGACCACUCCUGAGCAUCAGCUCCUCAAGACUCCUUCAUCUAGUUCCCUGUCACAGAGAGUGCGCUCCACCCUCACCAAAAACACGCCCAGAUUUGGGAGCAAAAGCAAAUCUGCCACCAACCUAGGACGACAAGGCAACUUCUUUGCUUCUCCAAUGCUCAAGUGAAGCCCCGUGUCCUGUUGCUUGCCAGCAUUUACUGACUGCAAGGAAGGCCGCACCUUCUCUCCGCAGCCUCUUGUACUCAUUACUACUUUUAGCAUUCUCCAGGCUUUUAAUCAAGUUUAAUUGUGCACGGGGGUUUUAUUAAAACUAUAUAUAUCUCC